AUGGCUACCAGACAUCUUAAAGAUGACCUCUCCUGUCCAAUUUGCGGACAUAUUCUCAGUCAACCGGUGGUGCUCACUUGCAGACAUAAAUUCUGUAAAGCCUGUCUAAAAGACAACUGGGAGACGCAAGGCAGUGAGGAUCCACCCUCCUGUCCUCUGUGCUCGCGCCCUUCCUCCAUGGAUCAAAUAGUGGUGAGCAAAGUGCUGGAGAAGGCCUGUGAAUCCUUCAAGAAGGACAGAAGCAAGAACGACCCAGAGGCUUGUAAAGAACAUGGGGAAGAGCUCACAAUAUUCUGUUUGGAGGACUUGGAACCGAUCUGUGGUGUGUGUGUGAAAGGAGCUGCACACAUAGGACACAAGCUCUAUCCCAUUGGGGAAGGUUCUCAUGACUGUAAGGAAGAACUGAAGAGUGCACUGCUGCCUUUGAAAGAGAAGUUGCAGCUGUACAGGAAGGCGAAAAUGGUCUGUGAGGAAAUGGCAGAACAUGUUAAGAACCAAGCUGAACAUACUGAAACCCAGAUCAAAGAAGAAUUUAAAGCCCUUCACCAUUUCCUGAAAGAACAGGAGGCUGAUAGACUUUCCACUUUAAAGGCUGAGGAGGAGCAGAAGAAUCUGAUGAUUAACCAGAGUAUUGAGGAGAUGAGCAAUGAAGUGACAUCUCUUACCAACACCAUCAGAUUAGUAGAACAGGAGAUGACAACUCCUGAUAUCCAAUUUCUUAAGAAUUACAAGGAAACAAUAAGGAGAACCUGGCGGACUACUUUUGACCCACAAAUCAUUUCUGGUGCCCUGAUUGAUGUGGCCAAACACUUGGGCUCUCUGAAAUAUAAAGUGUGGGAAAAGAUGAAGAGUAUAGUUAAAUAUAAUCCUGUAAUUUUGGAUCCCAACACAGCAGCUGGCUGCUUCAUCCUCUCAGAGGAUCUCACAGAGGUGCAGAACUCUACCCAGAUUUUCAAGCUGCCAGACAACCCAGAGCGCUUUGACAUCAGUGCUGAGAUGCUGGCCGCUGAGGGCUAUACCUCUGGACGCCACAGCUGGGAUGUAGAAGUGAAGGACAACACCUACUGGGUGGUGGGAGUAGCCAGCGAGUCCAUCUCCAGGAAGGGGAAGCAAGUGCUGACACCAGCAGAGGGGUUCUGGACUGUUAGGUUUCGCAACGGAGAGCAUAAGGCCUGCACAGCACCAUGGGAGCCACUGAACAUGACUAAGAAGCCGGAAGUGAUAAGAGUAGUUCUAGACAUGGACCGAGGCAAGGUGACCUUUUACAGCGCUGGAGAGAGAACACCUCUCUACACCUUUACGGAUGUUAUCACAGUCAAAGCCUAUCCCUACUUUUGCACUGCCUGCAAAGAGCAUCCAUUGAAAAUCCUACCCAGAGGGAUAUCCUUGUCAACAGACCAUUAAUGCACCUUGGACACAAGUUGCCAAACAUUGUACAAAAAUCCGGUGAAAGAAAUGAAGGACAGCUUAAGCUUGUGAAGAUGUGACAUUUUUUUUCUUUUGCAAGAGAUGAAUGUGGGAAUGCAGCAUCAAGUUUAAUUAAAAAUGCACCUCUGAAGUUUUUAAUGAAUGACCGAAACAAACACAGACAUGUUUUAAAAUAUUUAAUUUCAGUUACAACAAAACAAAUGCAGUCU